UUAGAGGUACCUCCCCAUAACGUCACAGUGAAUCAAAGAAAGAAAGACAGCCUUAACCCGUAUCCGUAUUCGGGAAAACACCUCAAGUCGGGCACUGUUUCUUUCGUUGCAAGUUGAUACCUUGGUGUAAGACAACGGCGCUACACAGAGCUAUAUUGGAAUACAUGGCUAAUUGGAUAUCUACGUUCUGCUGACGGGAAAGGCUGUGUUUUGGACUGAAAUCUGAAAAGAAAAAUGUCGACCAGGACAAUGGCGCGGAGCAUACUGGUAUUAGUGGUGAUGUUCGAUCUCUGUUGUGUGCACGGGCAGGUCAGUUACUCCAUUCCAGAAGAAAUGUCGAAGGGCUCUUUAGUAGGUAAUAUAGCGCAAGAUUUGGGCUUAGAUAUAAAACGACUGAAAACAGGCAAGGGCCGAAUAUUCACGGGUGACCAGGCAGACUAUAUUGCGCUAGACAAGGACAGGGGCAUCCUUCUGAUCAAAGAGAGAAUAGACAGAGAAGCGCUGUGUGGGCAAAUAUCGCCAUGCGCUUUACAUUUUCAGAUAAUUCUUGAGAACCCGAUGGAGUUAUACAGUGUGACGGUAGAAAUUACAGAUAUUAACGAUAAUGCUCCCAGUUUUGAAAGGAGUGAAAUGAAAUUUGAGAUAAGUGAAAAUGCUGCAAUUGGUGCUCGUUUCAUGUUGGAGAUAGCAGUUGAUCCGGAUGUUGGUACAAAUGGUCUCCAAACCUACACCCUAAAUCCUACAGAUAAUUUUCAACUGAAAUUAAAUCAGCAGCCAGACGGUGGGAAGACAGUCGAAAUGGUUCUCCAGAAAUCUCUGGACCGAGAGAAAAAUGAAGAUAUGACGCUGGUGUUCACUGCAGUUGAUGGAGGAGAACCACAGAUGUCAGGGACCGUGAAAAUACACGUUACUGUGUUAGAUGUAAACGAUAAUGCCCCAGUUUUUACGCAGCAGAUUUACAAAGUCUCUGUAAAUGAAAACUCUCCGAAGGGAACGCAAUUGACCACAGUAAGCGCCACUGAUGCUGACAAUGGCUCUAACAACAUAGUCACCUACUCUUUGUCACGAAGCGCUGCUAGUAUAUCCGACAUGUUUUCUGUAGACAGGCGUAAUGGAGAAGUUACGUUGAUCGGUCAACUGGACUAUGAAAGAACACGAAAUUAUCAGUUUUUUGUUGAGGGUAAAGAUGAAGGGGGGUUUUUAGAUUCCUGCAAAAUUAUUGUGGAUGUUAUAGACAUAAAUGACAACAGUCCAGUUAUUAGCACUAUAUCUAAGUCCAGCACAACAGCUGAGAAUGCCCCACUUAAUACAGUAAUUGCUAUGAUCAGCGUGAAUGAUCCGGACUCCGGCAAUAAUGGCCAGGUGAGCUGCAGUAUCAAUGAACACAUUCCAUUUGCUAUCAAGCCAUCGUCUAAUCGUUUCUACAGCAUAGUAACUGAUAGUGAAUUAGAUCGGGAGGAAAACUCUGAAUACAACAUAACUGUAACAUGUUCGGAUGAGGGUGUACCCUCCCUCUCCAGCCGCACAGAUUUGUCUUUAAAAAUAACCGAUAUAAACGACAAUGCGCCUGUGUUUGAAAAGAGCUCGUAUGAGGCUUAUAUUUUAGAAAACAACACACCGGGCCUGUCGAUUUUCACUGUUAGAGCGCGAGACGCAGACUGGAAUCAAAAUGCUCGCGUGUCAUACAUAUUAGAAGAGUCCUCGAAUAACGGAGUGCCUGUGUCGUCUUACGUUUCUGUUAAUGCAGAGAGUGGUGUAAUUCAUGCUGUGCGGUCAUUCGACUAUGAGCAGAUUAAAUCAUUCACAUUCCACAUAAAAGCGCAGGACGGAGGCUCUCCACCACUGAGUAGCAAUGUUAGUGUUAAAAUAAUAAUACAAGAUCAGAAUGAUAAUGCACCCCAGGUUCUAUAUCCAGUGCAAACGAGCGGAUCUUUGGUCACUGAGAUUGUUCCUCGUUCAGCUGAUGUGGGCUAUCUGGUCACCAAAGUGGUGGCUGUUGAUGUGGACUCUGGACAGAAUGCUUGGCUCUCUUAUAAACUCCUAAAAGCGACAGACAGAGCCUUGUUUGAAGUUGGUGCACAGAAUGGAGAAAUAAGAACCAUUCGACAAGUAAAUGAUAAAGAUACAGUGAAGCAAAAGCUCAGUGUUGUAGUGGAGGACAACGGACAGCCCUCUCGCUCAGCUACAGUCAAUGUUAUUGUGGCUUUGGCGGACAGCUUUCCUGAAGUCCUCUCGGAGUUCAAUGAUUUUACGCACGACAAGGAAUACAAUGACAACCUGACUUUUUAUCUCGUCUUGGCCCUGGCUGUUGUUUCUUUUCUCUUCAUCGUGUCAAUAAUAGCCAUACUGUCAGUCAAAUGUUACAGAUGGAAACGUGACAGGAUGUUUUAUAAAUCCAACGGAAAUCUACCGGUUAUUCCGUAUUACCCGCCCCUUUACGCAGACGUAGGGGGCACAGGAACUCUACAGCAUGUGUACAACUACGAACAUUACAGAACAACCGACUCCAGAAAGAGUGAUCUGAAAUAUGUCAGACCUUGUAAUCAAAGCAUCAUCAGUCUGGAUAACACUGAAAUACAGACUCUACCGCAUGCGCACGGCGAGAAACUGAUUGACGACUCUGAUCAGUGAAAUGCUACAGGUGGAGACGAGAGCGGAUGUUUUAUAAAUCCAACGGACAUCUCCCUGUUAUACCG